AUGGACCUCUUGUCGAUCCUGGAGAAUCUCUGGCGGAUUGGACUCAUCCUACUAGCUGCCACUGGAGUCUACGCUGCUAUUAAUCGGACAUUUGGCAGAUCUCUCUUGGCUAAAGUAACGCUGCGAGGUCGAAAACAUUCAACCGCCCGAACACCACCACGGUCCUUCUCCCCAGACAAGAAAGCUACAACAAGCCCAACUGCCCCAUCUAGCUACGACAAUGUUCUCCCACCCCAACGCAGACAUAUCCUAGAAGAUCUUAAUUGUGAUUCCGCACCCGGACGCGACGUGCACGAAGAUGAAGUGCGUCGGAAUAUUCUACCCAUGAGCGCCGACUAUAGAAUCAGCCCGUGCGACAAGUACACACCGAUGGGCUUCUCGGUGGCAGAGGUCAAAGGACUUGGAGACUUUCCAGACUAUGCGACUCUAAGUGGAGUUCCACUUCCCAGCCCAUACCCCGAGUUCAAUAUCGAGAAGGCACUGCCUCGGCCGUAUCGUCCAUUCAGGUGGUCAUAUCACCAAACGAUGUCCUUGACCAAGCUCGAACCAGACUGGUGGGUCGAGCUCGAAAACACAUACAAGAGCCGCAUUGCCCAGCGCAAAGAACUUUAUGCUAAAAAUGGCAAGGAAGUCCUCGAUGCUAUGCCAGGCUCCGAGCUUGCAUGCAAGGAGUUAAUGGAGAUGGUCUUGCAAUUUAUCUGCGCCCGAUACCCCCAGUACUUCACGCUGGUUGACAAGCGUGUUCUACAGAACAAGAUCCUCGGUACCGAGCAGGACGUCACAGCUAAGCCCCCUCUCGAGAUCCUUAUGGACAAUGUACCAGAGGAUUUUGCAAUCAUGCUUCGUGACGAGACGACGGGAUUCUAUUUCCUGCGUGCAGCGGUGGUCUGCUCGGCGCUAGGGUGGAAUGUCGCGUCGAAAGUUGGGAAACAACUACAUGAGAUUCAUGAAACGAUUCCGGAUUACAAGGAGAAGAUGCAGUUUUCGAUGGAUCGAUUUUUCACCAAGAUGCCAACUGAGAAGCCAAUCCAGAGAGGCUCUUGGGGCCUGGAAAUUGGACAGCCAUUGUACAUGCCACCCGGGGACCCCCAUGAAUUACAACGGCUAUCUCAGCGGGCUGAUUUGACCAUUGAUGAGUGUCACCUGCGGGUGGACUGGCAGACUCUCAGACGCCUACCUUUGUCGGGUGCGGUUAUUUUCAAUUUCAAGGGGCUUUUUACUUCAGUCGCGGAAUUUCGCGAUGAACCUGGCGUACCGGGUUUGCUGGUUAAACUUCUUACAGAGGGAAAGAAGAACCUCAUGGAUUACAAGGGUGUUUGGCAUGUUCAGCAUGUUGUACUUCCCAAGUUGAAGGAAUGGUCUGAGGAGCAGAAGGAGAAUGGGUCAGUCCCGAAAGAUUGGGAAGUAUCUACUCUGGAUGACAGUCCAUGGUUCAAGGGUUGGCAAGAGAAGUGGCAUCGGCAGCAGGGAUUCUAG